AUUACAACACCCUCACGAGUCACGGUGACGGGCCCAAGUCAUAAGCAAAUUCCUUUAGAACCUGUAGAACCUCUCAUACGCAAAUUCGUCACUCAUACGCAAAUUCCAAAGCUCGAAUUGCAGAAGCUCGAAUUGCAGGUUCUUGUUUUGUUCCUGAGAUGAAUCUACUUGGUUUGUUGCGGAUUUUGGUGUGGAAUUGCGAUUUUUAAGAUCUACUUCAUGUUAUUAUCCAUGCGAUUGGUUUUAUGCGCUUGUUAUUGUUUGUUUCAUGAAUUCAACUUAUUUUUUCUUUAUCUCAUAUAUGUUAUUUCAUGUUUUUAGGGAUGGAUAAUUUACAUGUUAUAAACUUAUGAUUCGAAUGAAUUUCUGUUAUAACUUGUUAAUUCAUGUUUAUUUGUUUCAUGUAACUAAAUGAUAAGAAAAAUUAUGUCACAAUUUGUAGAUGCGCAUAUUUGUGUUCACUUGUUCUUGUUUAAUUUCAUCAGAUCAAUUUUUCAAGUGUUUCGUGUGCUUGAAUCAUGUUUCACUUUUUAUUCUUUCUAUGUUUCAAUUGGUGGUGUUACUCAGCUUUGCUGGAGUGUGUAGGGUUUAUGUAAUGUAUGUUUCAAUUGGUGUUGUUACUCAGUUUUGCUGGAGUGUGUAGGGUUUAUGUAAUGUAUGUUUCAAUUGGUGUUGUUACUGAGCUUUGCUGGAGUGUGUAGAGUUUAUGUAAUGUAUGUUUCAAUUGGUGUUGUUACUCAGCUUUGCUGGAGUGUGUAGGGUUUAUGUUAUGUAUGUUUGUGUAUAUAUAAACCAAGACAGGCCUGCAAAAAUCAAUUAAAUUGUAGUAAUAGAACAGCUACGAUUGUCGAUUGCUGUAUAUGGUGAGCAGAUGAGUCUAGUUACGAAGCAUGGUAAUUACGAAGGCUUUUUUAUUAGAUUUUAAGAGGUAGAGCAUAUUAUAUUGAUCUUUAGUAACAAUUGUGAUAUAUAGAUCGUUUUAGUAUUAGUUGGAUUGUAUUUGGGUUUUGCUAGCCUUAGGAGUUAGGACUUGACGUUGAUGUCAAGAGUGGUGGAAUUAUCUGUGGUUCAAGUUUAAGCUUCUGCAGAUAAAAUAUUUUUUUUAUAAUGGGAGUUUGUAAUAUGUCUAUAAGAUCUCGUAAUAGUAAAAUCAGGGGUCUUACAAUGGAUGUUUUAUAUUAGUGGACAGGUGACUCUGCACCAGAAAAUUAUUAAUGGAUAUAUGUGUGGAAAACUAUCACACAUUCUUAAUGUGCUGCUUAUGUAGUUUUGCUGAUGCCUUCUGCUUUCUCAUUUUGUCUUCAGUCUAAGUUAUUUAGGUUGUAUGUGUACAAUAACAUUCAGCAAUGGCGAAUGAGGAGGAUGCAGUCCAGAAGCAGCAAAUUGUUGAUGCUAGGGCAAGAAACAUUAGUCAUAAUGUCAGAUGCACUGAAUGUGGAAGUCAGUCCAUUGAAGAUUCUCAAGCUGAUAUUGCCGUACUCCUUAGAAAGCUGAUUCGUGAUGAAAUUCGAUCAGGAAAAAGCGACAAAGAGAUCUUCAAGAAGCUGGAGGAUGAAUUUGGGGAGACGGUGCUUUAUGCUCCAAAGUUUGAUAUGCAAACUGCUGCUCUCUGGCUAUCUCCACUUCUUGUGGCAGGUGUGGCUGCUGCAGGUUGGGCUUAUAAGAAGCACCGGCAGAAGACAAAUGUCCACAUCAUGGCUCUAAACCUUGUUAGAGGGGUUCCACUGACACCGAAAGAGAAAGAAACGAUGCUUGAACUCCUUACACCACCUCCUUCACAACAAGCAACACCCUCUUACUGGUGGAGUAGACUUCGACGUGAAUAAGGUGCUGUUGUUUGAUCCAUUGAUGCAUAUGGAAAGAUCCUUGUGCUUUGGGGAAGGGAGAAGUUUCCAUUGCAACUAAAUCAAGGAGCUACUGAGUUCUUUUAUAACUUGCAAUGUUGCUUGGUGUGGAAUGUGACUUUCGUGAAGAUUUUAUGAUGGUAUGAAUUGUUGUUAAAAUCCCGAUCCGGAUUUUACGAUCCUACGAUUCUAUGAUCCGGAAGGACCUCACCGAUCCCGAUCCUACACAACCUCAAAAAAUCACAUGGUAGGAUCUUAAUACGAUUCUACAAUUCGAUUCUAUCGUAAAAAAUCAUGAAGUAAUUUCACAUAUUAUAUUUCUCCUAUUAGAUUUUGAUUGUAUGUUACUAUAAUCUUAUAGUAUUGAAAAACUAUCACCAUUUGUUAAUGAAAUAAGUCGUUAUUAAUUUGUGUAAA